AUGGGCGUCAGGGGCGCGUGGGGGCUGCUAGGCUGCUGGCUCCUCUGCGGCUGGGCUCUGGGGGCACCGAGGCUACCCCGCUCCCUGCCCCUGCUCCCCGGCGGAGCGGAGCCCACCCUGGUGCCUGCGUGGGUGCCCCCCCAGGGGCCCGAGGCGGCCCUAGCCUUCCUCUACUCCGGGGACGCCCACCGGCUGGUGGGUGUGAACUGCAGUGAGCACUACCAGGCUCUCAGGGCGGAGGCCAUGCAAGGGCCCCCCAUGGCGCUCCAGCGGGCAGUGGGCACCCUGGCCCAGGCUGCCAACUUCCUCAACAUGCUGCUGCAGGCCAACGACAUCCGAGAGUCCAGCGUGGAGGAGGACGUGGAAUGGUACCAGGCUCUGGUUCGCAGUGUGGCUGAGGGUGACCCCAGGGCCUAUCGGGCUUUGCUGACUUUUAACCCCCCACCGGGGGCUAGCCACCUGCCGCUGGCCCUGCAGGCCACCAGGAUGGGAGCGGAGACCCUCCUGCAGGACUUGUCCGGGAGCAGGGUGCGGGAGGAGAGCCCGGCCGGAGACUUGGACGGUGGUGGCCUGCAGAAGCGAGUGUUGACCAAUGACCUGCGGAGCCUAGACAGCCCCAAGUGGCCCCAGGGGGACGGAUAUGUGGGGGACAUUCAGCAGGUCAGGCUGUCCCCUCCCUUCCUGGAUUGCCAAGAGGGCCGGCUCCGUCCUGGUUGGCUGGUCACACUCUCUGCCACUUUCUAUGGACUCAAGCCCGACCUCAGCCCAGAAGUCAGGGGACAGGUGCAGAUGGACUUGGACAUCCAGGCUGUGGACAUCAACCAGUGUGCCAGCGGCCCCGGCUGGUUCUCUAACACACACCUGUGUGACCUCAACAGCACCCAGUGUGUCCCCCUGGAAGGUCGGGGUUUUGUCCUCGGCCAAUAUCUCUGUCGCUGCCGACCAGGAUUCUUUGGGCCAAGUGGCUCUGGGGGACUAGAGGAGGGUGCUGCACAGCCCACCGGACCGUUCAGGUCCCCACAAGGCAGCGCGGAGAGGCUGCUGCAGUGCCAGCCGUGUCCCGAGGGUUGCACCAGCUGCAUGGAUGCCACGCCAUGCCUGGUGCAGGAGGCCCUGGCAUUGCGGGCCGCGGUGCUGGCCUGCCAGGCCUGCUGCAUGUGGGUCGUCUUCCUGAGCAUGCUAGUCUCCUACCGCUGCCGCUGGAGCAAGAGGAUCCGGGCAUCUGGAGUCGUCCUGCUAGAAGCCAUCCUUUUCGGAUCCCUACUUCUCUACUUCCCCGUCUUCAUCCUGUACUUCAAGCCUAGUGUCUUCCGCUGCAUCGCUCUUCGCUGGGUCCGGCUGCUGGGUUUUGCCAUUGUCUACGGGACCAUAAUACUCAAGCUUUAUAGAGUGCUCCAGCUCUUUCUGUCCCGCGCGGCCCAGCGCGGCGCACACCUGGGCAGCGGGGCGCUGCUGCGGCGCCUGGCGCUGCUCCUGCUCUUCGUCCUGGGCUUCCUGGCUGUGUGGACGGCGGGCGUCCUGGAGCGAGGCCAGCUCACGCCUCUGGUGACCCGAGGCCACACUCCCGCCGGCCGCCACUUCUACCUCUGCCACCAUGACCGCUGGGACCAUGUCAUGGUCGUGGCGGAGCUGCUGCUGCUGUGCUGGGGCAGCUUCCUGUGCUACGCCACCCGCGCGGUGCCCUCGGCCUUCCACGAGCCGCGCUACGUGAGCAUCGCCCUGCACAACGAGCUGCUGCUCUCCGCCGCCUUCCACACAGCCCGGUUCCUGCUGGCCCCGUCCCUGCAUCCGGACUGGACCCUCCUGCUCUUCUUCUUCCACACCCACAGCACGGUCACCGCCACACUGGCCCUGAUCUUCAUCCCUAAGUUCCAGAAGCCAGGGGUGCCACCCCACGAGGCCAUCUUGGAGGAGGUGUAUGAGGAUGAGCUAGACCUGCAGUGCUCGGGCUCCUACCUGGACAGCAGCAUCGCCUCAGUCUGGAGUGAGCGCAGUCUGGACCCCGGGGACAUUCGGGAAGAGUUAAAGAAGCUGUACGCCCAGCUGGAGGUCCGCAAGACCAAGGAGAUGGCUGCUAACAACCCACAUCUGCCCAAGAAGCAGGGCAGCUCACGCCAGGGGCUGGGCCGCUCCUUCCUGAGAUACCUGGCAGAGUUCCCUGAGGCCCUGGCCAGGCAGCACUCCCGGGACUCCGGCUCCUUGGGCUGCAACAGCUUGCCGGGUUCCUCCCGCCGCCCGCUUCUAAGCUCCAGCCACCAGGACACUGAGGGAUCCCUGGCCCUGCACGGGUCCCACAGCACCUAUGACCUGCACCAGGAGCAGGAGCCGCCCCUCCUGGGCUCGCCACUGCAGAGGACCCUGUCGAGGAAGGCCUUGAGGCCAGAGGUCCGGGAGCCUGCCACAGGGAUGCCUGCCCUCGGCUUCCGCUCAGCCAGUGCUCACAAUCUGACAGUGGGUGAGCGGCUGCCCCGGGCCAGGCCUAGCUCUCUGCAAAAGUCGCUCAGCGUUGUGGCUGGCACCAGGGAACAUGCCCUACUGGCGGCCAGCCAGGCCUACCUGGAGGAGACCUAUCGGCAGGCCAAGGAGAGGCAGGAGCGCAAGAAGGCUGAGGCUGCUGCAGCCAGCCCACUGCCGAGGCCGUCGGCCAGGAGGCUGGAGCGGGCCCGGGGCGCCCCUCUGUCUGCCCCACCUUCCCCUGCCAAGAGCAGCAGCAUGGACAGCGCUCAGGCCUCCGGGAGGCCCCACGACGAGGGUGGUAGGAGGCUGCCUCACCCACCCAUCCGUCACCAGGUCUCCUCACCCAUCCUGGGCCUGUCUGGGGCCUGCCUGGCAGAGCCACACAUGCUGUCUCCCAGCUCCACCUUGGUCCCAGUGCCCAUCCCUGCCCUGGCACCGGUCCCACGAGCCCCGCAAAGCCCCACCUUACUCACCUACAUCUGCCCCUGGGAGAAUGCGGAACUGCCAGUCAAGAAAGAAAAUAUGGCCCAGGAGGGUGUCUCGGGGCUAGAGCAAGGCAGCCACUCCUCCACCCCGGCCCGAGCCAAGCUCUGGAGAGCCCUCUCUGUGGCGGUGGAGAAGAGGGUGGCAGGGGACAGUGAGAUGGAUACCGAGGACAGGCCUCUGCAGGGUGAAGCGGAUGACGGGGAUGAGGACAGGCCCAAGAUCUUCUCCAAAUCCCACAGCCUGAAGACGCCCAUGCAGCAGGGCUCCAUGCGCAGCCUGGGCCUGGCCAUCAAAGCGCUGACACGGUCCCGGAGCACAUACAGGGAGAAGGAGGGAGGCGAGGACAGCCCUGUGAUGGAGAAGGAUAGGGCUGCGGGAGCAGCUGGGGCUGUGGCCCCCUGGUCCCCCAGGCUGGGCCGGCCCAAGGUGGUGCGCAAGCAGGCAGCCCUGGCACCCUGUGAGGAUGAGGAGUCCCUACAGAACCAACAAAAUGUGCACACCAGCAGGAUGCUCCAGGUGUGUCACCAAGAGAGCGGAAGGGAACGAGAAGACAGAGGCCCGACAAUCUCGCAGGGCCCAGGGGACCACAAGGUUGAGAGAGUGGGGAAAAUAGGGCUUGCCACUCUGAGGCAAGUUUUGGGGGACAGAAGUACUGAGCAAGCCAAGGAAGCCCCAGCAGGGUGCUGGGAACCACCCAAAGGUGGCCUACAGCCUCGGGGCAGUGCGGACAGCAGGGUAGCAGAGGCAUGUCCCUGGGAAGUGGCUGAGCCAGACACAGGUGGGCUGGACAGUGGCAACAAAGCCCAAAUCUGCCCCUGGGAGGUCAGCAAAGCAACACCCCAGAGAACAGCAUCCGGACAGCACCUCAGUGACUCCCAGGAAGGGAGGGGGGCAGCCACAGGCAAAUCAGAGCCCAGAGAGGCAGCUGUCACGGCUAGAAAGAAGACGGAGAAGCUGGUGCGCAGCCCAGAGGCUGUGUGUCCCUGGGAGGGCACUGACCCAGGAGCCGAGGGUGGUGUAGAUAGGAGGAAGCUGGAGAAGCCUCAGGGGGAGGCCCCUGGCACAGAGGCUCACUCCCCUCAGCCUGCCAAGGCAGAGCUGUGCCCCUGGGAGGUGAAUGGAGGGGACCAGGGGACACCUCCCCAAGGAGGGAAGAAGUUCCCCCAGGAAGGGCAGGGCGGCCCCAAGAAAGCAGCCUUCUGGAGGGCACAGAAGCUGGGUGGAGACCUGCAGUCUCUGUGUCCCUGGGAGAGCACAGACUUCCGGGGCCCCUCGGCUGUCCCUCUCCAGGCCUCGGGGAGCGCAGGCAGCAGCAUUGCCGAGGUGUGCCCCUGGGAGUCAGGAGAUGCGCCUGUCCCUGGGAAAGUGGAGGUCUGUCCCUGGGAGGUCAGUGAGGGAACAGAGGAUGGGACUUCGGGACAGACAGCUAAAGGAGGCAAUUCUCAGAAGGCUAAGAGGACGCCCGGAAAUGCAGAAAUCCAAGAUGUCACUGGGAGGGAGAAGCCUGAGGCACAGGUUUCAGUGCAGGAAGCAGUCUGCCCCUGGGAGAAUGUGGACCCCAACAGUGUACCCCCACUGCCUGGUUCCCAAGACUCAGAGAGACCCCAAGUUAUUCCCCAGAGGUCAUGCAGCGCAGGAAGUAGGACUGCGGAGGUCUGCCCAUGGGAUGUGGCAGGUGUACUGACCUCUGAGAAGGCACAGAUCUGUCCCUGGGAGGUGGGUGCUGGAACGGGGGAGGAAAGGGCCCAGGGAGCUGAGGCCCUCAGGAAAUCUCCAAACGCUACGGGAAAGGCUUGCGCAGGUUCCGGGCCCAGUGAGACACAGAUGCCAAGGAGGCCAGCCAUGCAGGGGGAGGCCUUGGGUCCAGGGGGCUCCUGUCAGCGUGAGGAUACUCUGGACGCUGAGUGGCCAAGAACAGAACUCCAGGAUCCUGGUCGUACAGGCUGCAAGCCAGCUGACGUGUGUCCCUGGGAAGCGCAGGAAGCUCCCACCAGGGACAAAGCCAAGAUCUGUCCCUGGGAGGUGACUGAAGGCACUAUGGGGAAGGGACCAGAGCAAGCUUUGGGGAAUAAAUCCUCAGGGGACAGCGAGGGCACUCUAGAAAAGGGAAGGCUUUCCUCCCUGGGACCAGGCAUAGCAAAACUGGAGGCAAAACACCAAGAGCAGAAAGCUAUUUGUCCUUGGGAGCACCAGGACUUGAGGGAAUUAUCUGCCCUGGUCCCCAAAGUCUCAGACCCGUCCUUGGAGAGGAGUGUGGAAGCAACAGAGAAGGGGAAACUGAGACAAGGCUCCCUUCUGGAACACAAGACCCAGAGAUCAGCUCCAGCUGCAGAACCCACGGCUGAGGAUGGGGGAGGCACAAGUGAGGUGCCACAGUCGGUCUGUCCAAGGGACAGCAUGGCACCAGAGGGCUCUCUGCCCCACCCAGCCGGCCAGCGCCCUGCACAACCGGAAGCCAGUGCUGGGGCCAGCACUGCCCACGUGUGCCCAUGGGAGGCUCCGGACCCGGAUGUGUAUAAAGCUGAUAGCAGGGCCAAUGCUGAAAUCUGUCCCUGGGAGGCCAUGGAGAAAGUCCCCAAGAAAGGGGCAUCAAGACAAGAUGGAAAGGGAGACCCAAAGGAGAUGGGAAAAGAACCAGAAAGACCAGAUCCUCAAGGGGAAAUGCCCAAGAUAAUGGGCUGCAGGAAGCCAGAGGCUGUGCAUCUUGGGGACGGUCCAGAUGGUUAUAGCCUGUUCCCACGGGUCGCUAGUGCUUCAGAGGCUGCAGGCUGCACGGGGGCCCAGGUGGCAGAAGUGUGUCCGUGGGAUGUGGAAGAGGAGCCCUCCACCAAGAGAGCAGAGGUCUGCCCUUGGGAGCUGGGUCCAAGGGCAGCAGGGGAAGGGACCCCGGCACAGGCGGUGGCUGGAGGGUCCCAAGGGCAAGGGCAGGCUUUCCUCCAGAAAGCAGGACCUGCGGGGGCUGACGGAGACUUUUCAGAAGCGGCUGUGACACUCAGUGGAGAACAGGACACAGCUGGCCUCGGGGAUGGUGCAGGGUCAGAGGGCCUCGGCCCCCAGGGAGACGGCCUGGGCACUGACCACAACAGAGGCAGCCUCCACAGAGCAGGCAGCAUAGGGACCCAUAUAGCGGAACUCUGUCAGUGGGAGCUUACAGAUCCAGAAGGAAAUAAAAUAAGGGGCACCAUGGCAGACAUCUGGCCGUGGGAAGGAACUCAAGCCUCAUGCAAGGAACCUGGGCCCUUGGCUUCAGCAACGACUCAGCCAGAGAAUAUCCCCCCAGCUUCUGAGAAGUCACUAUGCCUCCCGGUUAGCUUCAUUCCGGAAAGCAAGAGCUCCCACCCUGAGGGGACCAAGGGGAGCAAGGCGGCCAGUUCUGCCAGCUCCCAGGAAGGUGUCAGAGAAGGGCAGGGACCUUCAGGGCCAAGGACCAGUGUCACCCCCGAGCUUGGUCUCCAAGAAGCUGAGGCUCAGAAGUCUUCUCCCUUAGCUGAGGACCAAGGACAAGUGGCCUUGGAAUCUCAAGAGUACACUUUUAGCCCAUCACCUGCUUAUCCUUGGGACUGCGAGUGACAGCUCAUUGAGGUAAGGUCAGAGCCAGCCCUCAGGAGCUGAGGUCCCUCCCACGUCCUAGC